AUGGGAUAUUUGGGUAGGACAGCAAGCUUUAAGCGUCACAAUGCAAAGUCUUCUUCCCCUAUGGGAGCAUGCUACAGAUGUGGUUCUCUUGACCAUUUCCUUAGAGAUUACCCGGAGCGAGCUGAUAAAGAGGUCGAAUUAGCCCCGAAGCCAAAUGCUCCUAUUUCUAGAGGUAGACCUCCGAGACAUCCCGGAAGUGCAAGUGGCAGUCGAAUUGUUGCCAAGGAUACUACUACAAAAUCUGAGGCUCGAGCCCUGAUGAGAUCUUAUGCAGUACGCGCUCAAGAGGAAGCCUCUACUCCCAAUAUCAUUACGGGUAUAUUUUCUCUUCAUAAUGUCCAUGUUAUUGCCUUGAUUGACCCGGGAUCGACCCAUUCAUACAUUUGCGUGAAAUUGGUGCCUAGCAUGAAUAUGUCUUUGGAACCUACAAAAUUUGUGAUUAAGUUUGAUGUAAUACUUGGCAUGGACUGGUUGGCCAUUCACGAUGUGAUAGUAAAUUGUGGUAGCAAGUAUAUUGCAUUGAAAUGUUCAAAUGGCAAAGUUCUCCGAGUUGAUUCAAAAUUGGAGUUGAAGAUUGAGUCGGUACCAAUAGUGCAUGAAUAUCCAGAUGUGUUUCCAGAAGAGUUGUCUGGUUUGCCUCCUCUUAGAGAAGUAGAAUUUGGUAUUGAGCUUGUGCCAGGAACAACACCUAUUUCUAUUGCCGCGUAUAGGAUGGCACUAAUCGAGUUGAAAGAGUUAAAAGCAUAG